UCUGUGAAAAUAAUUAUAAAAAACUAUUUUGACCACCUUAUGAGUAAAGCUUGGGGAAAUACAUCCCACCUAUACCAAGGUCCUUUUUUAAAUGUGCUUGUGCCUGAAAUUUCUUGGUGUCAGAAAACACAAAACCAAGGACACUAGAAUCUCAGAAACAUAGAGAGCGAGAGAGAGAGAGAGAGAGAGAGUGAGAUUAUUUAUAUUAUGGAAAUGGUGAGGAAAUGAGAGACCCAAGUGGGUAUUUUUUAUUUUUUAUUUUUGCAAUCUGAAAUGUUAUCGUAAGGACAUGAAGAGGGAUUCAGUUGUUGUUGUAUGGAGAAGAAGGACAAAACAGAGGAAUAACGAAGCAUGUUGUGGAAUUCACCACUCUAUAAUAGGACAAGUCCAAACCUUCCAAACACAAACUUCUAACUCCAAACCAACAACAAAAACAACAACUUCUGCUACUUCACAAACCAAACUGGCUUCUUUUUUUACCACCACCCACUUCACCUUCUCUUUCGUUCCCAUGCUUGUUGUUCUUUUCCAUUUUUUUCUUCUUUUUGCUUCUCUCUCUACCCCUGUAUUCUCAUCUCCCAUUGUUUCAGAUUCCGGCGACCAUUUUCCCGCUAAUCAGACUUUCAGGCCUGACAAAGAGUUGCAUAGAUUGGGGAAAAUUAGAGCUUAUUUGAAGAAGAUCAACAAGCCUGGAAUCAAGACAAUUCAGAGUCCUGAUGGAGAUGUUAUAGAUUGUGUUCCUUCUCAUUUUCAACCGGCUUUUGAUCAUCCUGAGCUUAAAGGACAGAAACCAUUGGAUCCACCAGAGAGACCAAAAGGCUAUGAAAAUACAGAGAAAGUUGCAGAGAGUUUUCAGCUGUGGACAGACUCAGGUGAAUCAUGCCCAGAAGGAACAAUUCCAAUUAGAAGAACAACAGAGGAAGACAUUUUGAGAGCAAGUUCUGUUAGAAGGUUUGGUAGAAAACCAAGGAGAAGAGUGAGGAGAGACUCAACAGGAAAUGGUCAUGAGCAUGCAGUAGUAUUUGUAAAUGGAGAUCAAUAUUAUGGAGCAAAAGCUAGCAUAAAUGUGUGGGCCCCAAGGGUGACUGAUCAAUAUGAAUUCAGUUUAUCACAGAUUUGGGUAAUUUCUGGUUCAUUUGGAAAUGAUCUUAACACCAUUGAAGCUGGGUGGCAGGUCAGCCCCGAGUUAUAUGGAGAUAACUUUCCUAGAUUCUUCACUUAUUGGACAACAGAUGCAUACCAAGCAACUGGAUGCUACAAUUUACUCUGUUCUGGCUUUGUUCAAACUAACAACAGGAUUGCUAUUGGGGCAGCAAUCUCUCCAAGGUCUUCUUACAGGGGCAGACAGUUUGAUAUUGGCUUAAUGGUUUGGAAGGAUCCAAAGCAUGGUCACUGGUGGUUGGAAUUUGGAUCUGGUUUAUUAGUUGGAUAUUGGCCAGCAUUCUUGUUUAGUCACCUAAGAAAUCACGCAAGCAUGGUACAGUUUGGAGGAGAAAUUGUAAAUAGUAGAUCAUCUGGUUAUCACACAGCAACACAGAUGGGUAGUGGACAUUUUGCAGAAGAAGGGUUUGGAAAAGCAUCUUAUUUUAGGAAUUUGCAAGUGGUGGAUUGGGAUAAUAAUUUGCUUCCUCUUACAAAUCUCCAUCUUUUGGCUGAUCAUCCAAAUUGUUAUGAUAUAAGACAAGGAAGAAAUAAUGCUUGGGGGACUUAUUUUUACUAUGGUGGUCCUGGAAGAAAUGUAAGGUGUCCAUGAAGAAAAUGGAGUAGGAUAAAAAAAAAGCAAGCCUAAAUUUUUAUUUUUUUGUUAUUUUUAUUUUUUUACAAAAUUUUCAGGUUUUUUAUUUUUUUGUUUAUUUUGUUUAUUUUUAUUUUUAUUUUUUUGGGUAGGUUUUUGCUGGUUUGGGUUAUUUUCAUAUUUUCCCCAUCAUAAUGUAUUCCCUUUAUUCCAUCAUUGAUUAUCCCACCUACAAGGCUUUGUAAAUUUGGGGAACAUACAAAGUGUUAAUAGUACUGGUUUGUUUAGUAGUAAA